UUUGCCUUCUCCCUUCUUCGGCCUUGCUUUGCCCCUGAGUCUGCGCAGCCGUCUCAUCUCUUCCUUGAAGUCCUGAUGUUCAUCCCUGUAUAAGCCAUGCAUUCGUAGGCGGAACAUCAACGUUGUCAGCUGAUGGUGAGUGGCAGGGAUCGCAAAACCGAAACUUAUUACUUGCAGUGACCUUGUUGUCUGGGAAAUUCGAAGGAAUUUCUUUGAGGAAUUUUGAUGAACUGAGUAACAGUUUCAAAGAAAAAUGGGACCCACCACAGGGAAGCAAAAUUCCUUGAAACUGAUCGAAAUUCAAAAGCGACUUGUCGACGGGCAACCUCGUAUAAUUGAUGCGAACAGAAUUUUUCUCAAAGAAGGCUGCUUGAAUAAGGUGUGCAAGAACGGGAAGAUGUGUAAAAGGUACGGGUUUUUGUUUUCCGACUUUCUGCUCCUCUGCAAGCCCAAGAGGUUCCAAAGUGAGAAGCUGAUCUGCACAGCCGCAAUAUUCCUUGCCAAUGCAACCAUGGAAGUUCUGUUCGGAGAACGAGAAACGAGUGAUGCUGUUCUCUUCUUGAUCGCUGGCGGAAACAUAGAGCUGCUGUUGAAUGCUGAAGAACCAGGAAAAGCACAUGACUGGGUGGAUGUUAUUACUUGUGCUAUUCUGCAGCUUCGUGGACUAGGCCGCAUAAAGAGUGGACUACGAAGAGGCAUCCCCGUGCAGAAACACACUCCAACGUCACGUGGUUACAGCAGAAUGGUUCACCAGGUUUGGAGACAGAACAAGGAUAAAUCCUGAAGAUAGCUUGGAUUUCAACUCUGCAUUCCUACUGGACUGGGACAAAAUGCCAUCCACUUGGAUGCAAGUGCAAUUAUUCUCUAGUCUUAUUUUCUGAUGACCACAUGAAAUCAUUCCUAGUUGAUGAAGAUGGAGCGAGCCACUUCAUUGAAUUGAUGAAGUCCGGCUGCUGUAAACUGUACGAUGUAAUACAAAAUGUCAAUACAAGCCAAUAGUUUGAGCAACAUACGGCAAAAGGAAGCAAGAAAAACCAGCCGCUGAAAAAUAUCAAAAUUUAUUUUACAAACCAUGGCACAGACAUUUCUUAGAUAUACACACAGCGACUUGGAGAACCGCAUGGUGUACCACUCAACAGAAGAUAUUUUUCAAAUAUUCGGGCAUUUGAACUUUUAUUUGGCUUUUAUGCAAAAGCAUACAUGAAAACAAAAUGUGUUUUGAAGCUGGAUGCUUUCUUCUGUGUUCGCUUUCUAUUGGUUAGGUCCUUACAUGACAUAAAUACAUAUGAGCUGUUAAAUGCCAAACUCUCCAUCAGUGUACAAUGAAUGAAUGAAUGAAUGAAUAACUGAGUUAACAGUUUAUUAGCUUCGUGUGUGAUAACGUUAUUCUGGUAAUGUUGACCCAAUGCAAAAAUGCUGUGCUAUACUGUUAACAUCAUGCAUGUGGGCAUGUUUGACACAGCUUGUGUUUGAGGUGCAGAGCAGUGCCGUUUAGUUUAACAACAAAAAAGUACUUGACCAGGAAUGGCAUUAAGUCUGCAAAUUUCAACCUGCUAUCUGUGAGAUAUAUAUUGAUGUUAAUUUGACAUUGACUUUUCUUUUCUUUUUUUUUUUCCCACCUUUCUAUAAUCUGACUUCCGUACAUGUUCAGUGCAUCUCUCGCCCCUUGUUAUGUUUGCUGUACAGAGUCUAAAGAGCCUUCAUCUGAGAACUUGAUCUUUUACACAUUUUAUGCAGAGUUGGUGUUCCCACCAGUUUGUUUCUACAGUAGUGUAACAACAAUAAUUCCAUACGUCUCUAGUAAUACAUCCUCCUUUCAAUACAUUUGUUACUCAAAUGUCUUAGUCGGUACAACACUUGCCUGAAAUCACACACAAACACUACGAAGAUUCAUUGCACAUACAAUAUUUUUACACUCUUUGCCAGUUUUAUCCUAAUUAAGUGUGGCCGCUCGAAAAGCAUAAAUGCAAAGGACGGGCAGCAUGUGCUCUGUGUCUAAACAUUGAUGCUUCUUCUUUUUUUUUUUUUCAGUAAAAUAUGUUCUUGUACUGUUCCAUGAUAGUGACAGACCACUUAUGUACAUGUCAGUUUGUUUCACAUUAGUGUUAAUGUUUAACGUGCAGCUUUCAUAAAAAUAAAGCACGCUUGAGCACAACGUGA